AUGGGGUCCACCAAAGGGGUGCGGCCCCCACUCACCACGGGGUCUGCUGGGGUGUCCUUUCUGUCUCCAGAACCUAAUGCUCUUGUCAAAACUCUACGCAAACUCCCCAUUCUGCAUGAUGAGAAGUACGCAGAACAGACAAAGCUGUAUGAACAUUACAAGCCUGAGGAGAAAACACUGGUGCUUCCACGAUCUAAACUGGACAAGAGGGUUGUGUAUACAUUUUUAGAGUACUCUCCCCUGCUCGACUCGAGCAAUAUGACCCCGAAUGACUGGAGCACUAUUGGAAAAGACAUUGAGAAAUACUAUGAGCAGUAUGAUGGUUUUGUCAUCCUGCAUGGCACAGACACAAUGUCUUAUACCGCCUCUGCCUUAUCCUUCAUGUGUGAGAACCUGGGAAAGCCUGUCAUCCUCACCGGCUCACAGGUGCCCAUCUUUGAGAUGAGGAGUGAUGGAAGGGACAACCUCUUGGGGGCGCUGUUGAUUGCAGGACAGUUUGUCAUCCCUGAGGUUUGCCUCUAUUUUUAUCAUAAACUCUACCGAGGCAAUCGUGUCACCAAAGUGGACUCUGAAAGCUUUAAAGCAUUUGCCUCACCAAACUUGCCACCAUUAGCCAAUGCUGAAGUCAACAUCAACAUUAACUGGGACACUGUGUGGCGACCCAGCACAACUGCCAAAUUCACAGUCUGCACUCAAAUGAACCACAAUGUGGGUCUCCUGCGACUCUUCCCGGGAAUCACUACUGAUACAGUCAAGGCCUUCUUGAAGGCUCCCAUUGAGGGUGUCAUUUUGGAGACCUACGGCAGCGGUAACGCCCCUGACAACCGUGCUGACCUGCUGGAUGAGAUCCGUAAAGCGACUGAGAGAGGAGUCAUCAUGAUCAACUGCACCCAGUGUCUCAGGGGCACGGUCACAAUAUCAUAUGCCACUGGCCAGGCUCUGAGUAAGGCUGGUGUGGUUGCUGGGUUUGAUAUGACUCCGGAAGCUGCUCUUUCAAAACUCUCCUAUGUGCUGGCAAAACAAGAUCUCAGAACAGAAGAGAAGAAAAAGAUGAUGAGUCGCAAUCUGCGUGGUGAGAUGGUGGCUGACUUAGAGGGGGCAAAGCUUUCUCUCAGCGACAGUCGCUUCAUUCAGAUUAUAGCCAAGACCCUCAGCAUUGGCUGUAAAGAGGAGCUUGAAGCCAUACGAGAUGCACUAAUGCCCACUCUGGCAUGUGCUGCUGCUAAGAACGGAGACUCUGAGAUUUUAGAAGCCAUAAGGGAAAUGGGAACUAACUUGAAUACGGCAGAUUAUGAUGGCCGCACUCCCCUUCACAUUGCUGCAUGUGAGGGGAAUCUGAAUGUAGUGGAGUAUCUGCUGGGUAAAGGGGCCACCAUCUUUGCCAAAGAUCGCUUUGGCGAUACAGCCCUUCGCAAUGCCAUUCACCUCAGACAUAAGGAUGUUGUGGAGCUGCUGAGGAAGUGUGGAGCUCACCUCUCCAGUGAUGAAUUACAGGAUAUUGGAACGGAGCUGUGCCGUCUUGCUGCAAACGGUGACCUGGAGGGAUUGAAGAUUUGGAAGUUAGCUGGGGUUGAUAUGGCCAUGUCCGGCUAUGAUGGGAAGAAACCUUUUGAAGUGGCAAGAGCCUUUGAACGUAAGGAGGUUAUGGAUUUCCUAAAGGCUGCUUAGGGCCAAAUUCAGAAUGGGGAGUUGAUCAAGAUUACUGGGUCCAACAAGAUCCUGAGGAGGCUAACUGCCACUUCCUGCCACUAUCAUCUGUCCACUUUCUCAUUUUUAGCAAUAGGAGCUUUUUUAAGUCCAUCAUGCUUUAACAAUACACUUUUAGAUUUGAAUGCAUUGUUAUGUUCAUAGUAAAGGAAUCAUAAUCAUUUCAUGCAUUUCAUUUUCAGAGAAUUUUACAGAAGAGGAUACUGUAACUGUUGAUUUCAAAAUAUAAUAAUCUUUUCUGGGAUAGUGUGAUGAUUACAUUUACAUUUAUUCAUUUAGCAAAAACUUUUAUCCAAAGUUAUCCCAUUUUUUCUGUCUAUCACAUUCUGAUUAAAUGUGUUGUUUUUAUUAAUAUACGUUUAGAAAAUUUAGAAAUGCUUUUAUCUAAAACUAUUAACAUUUCCACAUUUCUUACUGUUGGACCAUAUAUAACAAUAAUAUGGCACAUUAUAGUUAUGGCUGACAAUAAAAAUAAAAUAAAAAAGAGAGAGAGAAAAGGUUGAUGUUUCAAAAAUACUGAAUGUUUCAUUUAAAUUUUUCUUGAAAAUUAAAUUAACAAAUGUGUUUGUAAACCAAAAUUAAUUUUAAUCCAGUGAAUAGGCAUGCUCACCAGGAAAUGUUUUAAUCAAUUUCUUCAUGGACCAGUUUUAAAUUGCCACAUCAAUAAAAUUCUCUUAAAAAAUA